AUGCGCAAAGUUCGGAGUGUCUCCUUUGCGGCUUCGCACUACAAAUGGCUUGGAUUAUUCCCCCGCAUCUGCAUGGGACUGGCGCUGCUUUUGUUCUGUUUGCGGUAAUUCUGACAGGUGAUGCAGUUACGCAGGUUUUUGACAGCUAUGGAUUAUCGUACGCCCUGAGGUCCGAGCUGUCAGAGGAUGCGAUAUUGGUCGCCAACAAUGGGAUACGCGUGCCUUUCGGGAGAUCAGUUUAUAUUGAUCCCAUCAACGAUUUGGUCAUCCAAGUUCAGCCCGGUGAUAGAUGCAGCAUAACAGUCCUGGACAAUGAUCCCUUGUCUCAAAGGCCUGGACAUCUGUCUCCGAAAAAGUUUCCAUGUGAAUUUGGCCCCAACGACGUGAAGUAUUCCCACUUUGGCUCCAGGAGUCCGCCAAGGGAUAGAGUGAGGUUACAACUCAGGUAUGACACCCAAACGGACACCGUUAUUAUACCUUUUAUGAUGGAGGUGGAAGUCAUUUUCACCCAGCUGGAAGUGCUAACGAAAAAUAUGCCGCUCACUGUUGAGAAACUGCUUGGUACGAGUAACCCCAUCGAUAGGAAGAUUUUAGAGUUCUCCUUUGAUAGAAGCGCACAACAAUGCAAAAUAGCCUCCCUCUCCAGUGGCAGCGCACUGCCUAGGUAUGGGAAACUUGUGGAUGAGGGCAGUCUUGGAAAGAUGGUGGACUGUGAUGAAUUUAUAACAAAGAAUAUCCGCUAUCAGCACACUUUUGCUGUGAAAUCACCCAACAGAGAUUAUAUUCCCAUGCUUGUGGAAUUACAAGAUAAGGAGGGCAAUUUGCUGAAGCAGGAAUUUUUCCAAAUUUUGGUACGAAUUAAAGAGGGAGAGGAAAACACAGCCCCUAAACCCAGCUUUGUGGCAAUGAUGAUGAUGGAGGUGGACCAGUUUGUAAUGACAGCAAUAACCACGGAUAUGCUGGCUGCAGAGGAUAUUGAGUCUAAUCCUGAUGACUUAAUUUUUAACAUCACAUCCCCCCUGUCCUUUGAGGAGGGCUACAUAGUAAGCACUGAUGAUAGGAAUUUGCCAAUAACAUCAUUUUACCAAGGAGACCUCAAAGAUUUGAAAAUAGCCUACAAACCCCCUGCGGUGGAUUCAGACACUGAGCGGAUUUUCCAGAUUGAGUUUGAGGUUGUGGACACAGAGGGGGCUGUGUCAGACCCUUUUGCUUUCAUGAUUGUUGUUAAGCCUAUGAAUACACUGGCUCCUGUGGUGACGAGGAAUACAGGCCAGUUGCUGUAUGAGGGACAGUCCAGGCCUCUCUCCAGUUCACACAAUCUGGAAAUCAGCGACGAGGAUAACUUAGACAAAGUCAGAGUCACUGUAAUUGACGGGCUCAGGCAUGGAGACCUAACUGUUCUGGGCUCCAGGAGGAAAUUUUUCACCCCAGCUGACCUCGAUGCUGGAGUAGUCAUCUAUCAACAUGAUGGAAGUGACACAUACAGUGAUAAUAUUAUUUUCAGGAUGACUGAUGGCAAAAAUGAGGUCGAGUUUCUGUUUCCCAUCACCGUUGUACCGACUGAUGAUGAGCCUCCCAUUAUCAAUGCAAACACCGGUUUGGUUUUAUUCAAAAACCAAAUGAUGCCCAUCUCCUCUCUCAUGCUCAGUGCAGCAGACAUUGACUCAGAGGAUUCUACUAUAAAAUUCACAAUCGUGUCUCCCUUUUCAACUAUUGGGCAAGUGUUGCUGCGCCAGGCUGAGGCCCCGGAGGACCCAUCAACCUGGAGGUUUAAUGCAGAGGAUGAAAUGUACGAGAAAGUAGUUACUGAAUGGCUGCAGCAGGAUAUUACUGAUGAUAAACUGUUUUACAAGCAUGUUGGACCUCACAGCACCAGCGCAGUCAUGGAUCAGUUUGUUUUCAGAGUUCAAGAUGACAAUGACCCACCUAACCAAUCAGGCGAAAGCUCCUUCAUCAUUAGGAUUCUCCCUGUUGAUGACCUCAGCCCCGAACUGUACCCUGGCACUACUCUACAAAUGACUGUGCACGAGUAUCAUCUUACUCACUUCCGCAAGAAAUUCCUCCGUUACACUGACCUGGACUCAGAAGAUAGGGAUCUCAAAUACACAAUCACCCAACCACCAACGGAUACGGAUGAGAAUAACCCUGUUGUUUUGGGUUCCCUUGUAUUAACUGAAAGCCCAGGCACUGAAGUGACAACAUUCACUCAGGCACAAAUUAAUCACCAUAAAAUUGCUUACAAACCUCCUGACCUUGAGCUAGGAAUUACUACUCGUAUUUUGCAGUUUAAGUACACCGUGGAGGAUAUUUCUGGAAAUAGUGUUGAAGGAGUUUUCACUAUAAUUUUGCAGCCUGUUGACAACAAGCCACCACAGAUAAUCAACUCUGGGUUCACUGUGCUUGAACGUGGCACCCAUAUCAUCACAAGUGCUGAGCUAGACACCUCAGACACGGACACUGACAGCAAACAGAUAUCCUUUACUGUUAGCCAGCCUCCCCUCCACGGCCAGAUGCAGUUUAUAUUCACAGACAUGACAAAAGGCGACGCUUUCACUCUAGAAGACAUUGGAAAUGGCAGAAUUUCCUACAUCCACAAUGGAGAUGAAUCAACGGCUGAUUCGAUACAAAUAGAUGUCAGCGAUGGUGUCCACAUUGUCCCAAUUACGAUCAAGAUUACCGUGAAGCCCAUUGAUGAUGAGACCCCAACUAUAAGUCUCCCAGCUGGCACAAUUGGCUCCUUUAUAGAUGUAUUAGAAAAUGGAGCAACAGAAAUCACAAGUAAUGUCAUUCAGGGAAGGGAUGAGGACACAGAUGACCUCCGUUUGACCUUCAUUGUGGAGGACCCGCCAGUGUUAGGUGAAAUCCUGGUGAACGGUGUCCCAUCAGGCAUGUUCACCCAGGCUGAUAUUAUAAAUGGACUGGUAGUUUAUGCUCAUACCAGUGGGGAAGUAGGCCUGACCACCAAGGAGGACUUUUUCAAUCUCACUUUAACUGACAUGUCUGAUGAGUGGACUGUUGGGGGAAAUAAGAUUACUGGUGUCAGAGUGCAUGUUACUAUUCUUCCUUUGGAUAGCCAGCCCCCAGAGGUCUUUGUGGGCCCGCAGUUUUUUGUUGUUGAAGGAGAAAAGAACACCAUUGAAAUCCGUCACAUGAGCGCUGACGAUGUCGACACUCCAAAUGAUGACCUCCUUUGUACAAUCAUAGUACAGCCAACUUCAGGAUAUGUAGAAAAUAUCUCUCCAGCGCCAGGAUCGGAAAAAUCCAGGUCCGGAACAGCUAUUAGUGCUUUCACCAUCAAAGACAUCAGACAGAAUCACAUUUACUAUGUUCAAAGCAUUCACAAAGGAGUGGAACCAGUAGAGGAUAGGUUUACAUUCAGGUGCUCUGAUGGCAUCAAUUUCUCUGAAAGGCACUUUUUCCCUAUUUCCAUAAUACCUUCUAAUGAUGAAAAGCCUGAGAUUUUCAUGAGAGAGUUUGUAGUUAUGGAGGGCAUGAACAUAGUCAUCGACACACCCAUUCUGAAUGGUGCUGAUGCAGAUAUUCCCUCCGAUGAGCUGACAUUCAUUAUCACCCGACCUCCCAAGCAUGGAUUUAUUCUCAAUCAACUGACUACAGGCACUGUCCCAGUCACUAACUUCACCUUGGAUCAGAUCAGGGAGGCUUCCAGCAUUGUGUAUGAGCAUGAUGACUCAGAGACCACAGAGGACAGCUUUGAUAUUGUUCUCACAGACGGAAAGUUCAGCAUAGAGAAAACAGUAAUAGUUAUGAUUAUCCCCGUGGAUGACGAAACCCCAAGGAUGGCUAUCAAUGACGGCCUUGAAAUCGAGAUAGGUGAUGUGAAAGUCAUAAACAGCAAUGUUUUAAAAGCUACUGAUCUAGACUCUGAGGACAGCACAUUAACAUACAUAAUUCGCUACGGGCCUGGUCAGGGGUUUUUACAGAAGACUACGCCUUAUGGGACGUUACAAAACAUCACAGUAGGGAUGAACUUCACACAGAACGACGUGGACCAGGGUUUGAUUGUGUACGUUCAUAAUGGACAAGAAGGGAUUCGCGAUCUCAUCAAAUUUGACGUGACCGAUGGCAUUAAUCCUUUGAUUGACAGAUACUUCUAUGUCACAGUGGGUGGUAUUGACAUGGUUUUCCCAGAUGUGGUCAGUAAAGGUGUGUCCCUAAAAGAAGGUGGCAGGGUGACCCUGACCACGGACCUGCUCAGCACCAGUGACCACAACAGCCCGGAUGAGCAUUUGGUCUUUACAAUCACCAGAGCGCCAAUGAGAGGACACCUGGAGUGCACAGACACUCCUGGGAUGCCCAUCACGUCCUUCACACAGCUGCAGCUUGCUGGCAACAAAAUCUACUACAUUCACACUGCAGACGAUGAAGUGAAAAUGGAUAGCUUUGAAUUUGAGGUGACAGACGGCUACAACCCAGUGUUUCGCACAUUCCGCAUCGCCAUCACAGACGUAGAUAAUAAAAAACCCGUGGUAACAGUGCAUGGCCUAGUUGUGACAGAGGGCGAGAACAAGCUUAUCACACCUUUUGAGUUAACAGUAGAGGAUAGAGACACUGUAGACCGCCUCUUAAAGUUCACAGUCACUCAAGUCCCCGUUCAUGGUCGCCUUCUCUUUAACAGCACCCGGCCCGUCACCUCCUUUACUAAACAGGAUCUGAAUGAAAACAUGAUCAGUUACAAGCAUGAUGGCACAGAGAGCGCUGAGGACAGCUUCUCCUUCACUGUCACUGAUGGCACUCACACAGACUUCUAUGUGUUUCCCGAUACAGUCUUUGAAACUCGUAAACCUCAGGUGAUGAAGAUUACUGUGUUCUCAGUGGAUAACGGGGUGCCACAGAUUGUGGUGAACAAGGGUGCGCCCACAUUGCGGGUUUUGGAGACUGGCCACCUUGGCUUCAUGAUUACCAGUAAGGCCCUGAAGGCAGAGGACAGAGAUAGCCUGCAUGAUUCUGUGACCUUCAAGAUUACUGUGGGCCCAGAGCAUGGCUACCUGAUCAACCUUGGCAAAGGAAAUGCCACCAUCACUACUUUCACCCAAGCUGAAAUUGAUGAGAUGAAGAUAUGCUAUGUUCUGAGAGAUGGUGACAAUGCUACAAACGACAUUUUCUAUUUCUCCAUUGAGGACAAUGGAGGUAACAAACUGAAGAAGCAGCAGUUCCGCCUUAACUGGGCCUGGAUCUCCUUGGAGAGGCAGCGGUAUGUGGUCGAUGAGGAGGUCAAGUUCCUGGAGGUGGUGCUGAGACGCAGGGGCUACCUGGGCGAGACUUCAUUUGUCAGCAUCAGCACCAAGGAUGGCACCGCAGAGAAAGACAAAGAUUUCCGAGGAAAGUCUCAGAAACAGGUUCAGUUCAACCCGGGGCAGACCACGGCCACCUGGAAGGUCCGGAUCUUGUCGGACAGCGAGUACGAAGUGUCAGAGACGUUCCAGAUCGUCCUGUCCGAGCCUGUGAUGGCAGCCCUUGAGUUUCCAGACGUCGCCAGCGUGGAAAUCGUGGACCCUGCUGACGAGUCCACCGUGUUCAUUCCCUCGGCUGUCUACAACAUAGAGGAGGAUAUUGGCGAGCUGCUCAUCCCUGUGCGCAGGAGUGGAGACGUCAGCCAGGAGCUCAUGGUCAUCUGCUACACCCAGCAGGUGACGGCCACAGGCACGAUCCCCACCACCGUGCUGUCGUACUCCGACUACAUCUCCAGGCCGGAGGAGCACCACAGCAUCCUGCGCUUCGACAAGGGCGAGGUGGAGAAAGCCUGCCGCGUCGUGAUCAUCGAUGACUCCCUGUAUGAAGACGAGGAGAGCUUCAAUGUCACCCUCAGCAUGCCCAUGGGCGGCCGCCUGGGCCUGGAGUUCCCCACAGCCAGAGUCACCAUCGUGCCUGAUAUGGAUGACGCUCCCGUCUUCUACUUUGGCAACACAGACUACCACGUGGACGAGAGCGACGGCUUCGUGGAGGUGCAGGUGUGGAGGACGGGCACUGAUCUGUCUAAGGCGGGAACGGUUACAGUGCGCUCCAGAAAGACAGACCCCGUCUCCGCUGAGGCCGGCGCCGAUUAUGUGGGGAUCAGCCGGAACCUGGACUUUGCGCCGGGGGUCACCAUGCAGACGUUUCGUGUGACCGUCCUGGACGACCUGGGCCAGCCGGCGCUCGAAGGCCCGGAGACGUUUGAGCUGGUGCUCCGGAUGCCCAUGAACGGGAUCAUGGGGGAGCCGAGCAAGGCGACCAUCCUCAUCAACGACUCGGUCUCGGAUUUGCCCAAGGUCCAAUUCCGGGACGCCGCGUACACGGGGAAUGAGAACUCGGGACAGAUCACAGCCAUGGUGUAUCGCAGCGGUGACAUCAGCUACAAGUCCACAGUGCGCUGCUACAGCAGGCAGGGAACAGCCCAGGUCAUGAUGGACUUCAACGAGAGGCCCAACACAGACGCCUCCGUCAUCACCUUCUUACCAGGUGAGGUGGAGAAGCCUUGUGUCCUGGUGCUGGUGGAUGACACAGAGCACGAGGAAGAGGAGGAGCUUCGUCUGGUGUUGGGAAGCCCCAGGAGUGAAUCUCCAUUUGGAGCGUUAAUUGGGCAGCAGAAUGAGACGCUCAUCAAGAUAAAGGACGACGCCGACAAGGCCAUCAUCAGGUUUGGAGAGACCAAAUUCAGCGUCAGCGAGCCAAAGGAAAGUGGCCAAGUGUCUGUGGUGAGGAUCCCAGUGCUGCGUGUUGGAGACACAUCCAAGGUUUCUGUUGUCCGGGUUCACACCAAGGAUGGAUCAGCCACCUCCGGGGAAGACUACCAUCCCAUAUCUGAGGAAAUUGUGUUCAAACAGGGGGACACAGAGCACUAUGUGGAGGUGGAGAUAUUAUUUGACGGUGUCAGAGAAAUGAGGGAAGCUUUCACCGUGCACCUGAAGCCUGAUGAGAACAUGGUGGCAGAGACAAAGAUGAGCAAAGCCAUAAUCUAUAUUGAGGAGACCAACAGCAUGGCAGAUGUCACCUUCCCCUCGGUGCCUCGAGUGGUUUCUCUGCUGCAUUACGACGACAUCGACAGGGCGGGAGACUCUCUCCCCGUGGCUGGAUACCCCGUCAUCUGUGUCACUGCCUGUAAUCCCAAGUACCCCGACUAUGACAGAACAGGCUCCAUCUGUGUAAGUGAGAACAUCAACAACACCCUGACCCGCUAUCGCUGGCUAGUCAGCGCCCCCACUGGCCCCGACGGUGUAACCAGCCCCAUGAGGGAAGCGGACUUCGAUACCUUCUUCUCCUCCUCCAAGCUCAUCACCCUGGACUCGGUCUACUUCCAGGCUGGCUCCAGAGUCCAGUGUGCUGCCAGGGCAGUGAACUCUAACGGGGAUGAGGGUCUGGAGCUCAGCAGCCCCAUAGUGUCCAUCAGUGUGGAGGAGGGAAUGUGCCAGCCUCGCGCCUUAGGCACAGUGGGCGCUGAGCCCUUCUCUGCCAAGCUGCGCUAUACUGGAGCAGAAGACCCAGACCACCCCAACCUCAUCAAGCUGACUGUCACCAUGCCUCACAUUGAUGGAAUGCUGCCCGUGGUGUCCACCCGACCCCUGUCUAACUUUGAGCUCACCCUGAGCCCCGAUGGCACCCGUGUCGGCAACCAUCGCUGCUCCAACUUACUGGACUACACCGAGGUUAAGACCCGGCAUGGCUUCCUCACGGACGCCACCAAAAAUCCAGAGGUGAUCGGAGAGACUUCACCUUACCAGUACAGCACCGCCCUCAGAGGGUCCAGCACCCUGCGGUUUUACAGAAACCUCAACUUGGAGGCAUGCCUGUGGGAGUUCACCAACUACUAUGACAUGUCUGAGCUGCUCAGCGACUGUGGAGGCACCAUCGGGACUGAUGGACAGGUUUUGAAUCUGGUCCAGUCCUAUGUGACCCUGCGCGUCCCGCUGCACGUGUCCUAUGUUUUCCACUCUCCUGUGGGAGCAGGGGGGUGGCAGCACUUUGACUUGCAGUCAGAGCUGAGGCUCACAUUCGUGUACGACACUGCCAUCUUGUGGAGGGAUGGUAUCGGUAGCCCACCAGAGGCAGAAUUACAAGGUGCCCUGUACCCCACCAGCAUGCGCAUAAACGGCCACGGACGCCUGGUGGUCAACUUCCGCACCGAGGCUCGAUUCAGAGGCCUGUUUGUCUUUUCACACCCAGCCUCGCCCCUCUCCUCCAUGGUCAUGUGUCCGGACCACCCUGGUUUGACCUUUAACCUCAGUCUCGUGAGGAGCGAGCCCACCUACAACCAGCCCAUCCAGCAGUGGACCUUCGUCUCGGACUUUGCCGUUCGUGACUACUCUGGGACUUACACGGUGAAGCUGGUCCCCUGCACGUCCCCUCCUAACCUGGAGUACACCAUCCCUGCUGUCUGCAAUCCCCGAGAGCCUGUUACCUUCGACCUAGACAUCCGCUUCCAGCAGGUGAGCGACCCAGUGGCUGCAGAGUUCAGUCUGAACACGCAGAUGAUCCUCCUGUCCAAGCGGACGCUGUGGCUGUCAGACGGCUCCAUGGGCUUCGGGCAGGAGAGCGACACCGCCUUCUCACAGGGGGAUAUAAUCUACGGGCGAGUGAUGGUUGAUCCGGUGCAGAACUUGGGUGACUCCUUUAUUUGUAAUAUUGAGAAAGUGUUUCUGUGUACCGGAGCUGACGGCUAUGUCCCGAAAUACAACCCCAACAGCUUUGAGUUUGGCUGUCUGGCUGAUGCGCCGUCCCUUCUCUAUAGAUUCAAGAUUAUUGAUAAGGCCCAGCCGGAGACCCAGGCCAGGUCGUUCGGAAAUGUUGCUUUCAACGCCGUCCUGGCAGUGGACGAUCCCAGGGCUCUGGCUUUAGUGAGGCAGCCGGGGUCAGACGGUUUCAGAAUGGACUCUUCAGCCCUCUUCCAGGUGUCUGCAGGGAGGGAAUGGUACAUCCACACCAUCUACACCGUCCGCUCGCGGGAUAACGCCAACCGUGGCAUAGGGAAGAGAAGCGUGGAGUACCACUCGCUGAGCCGUCACACCGGCCCGGCUCCAAAAGGUCAGCCUCGCGCCAGAAGGUCGGCCAACGAGGCUCCGGACAUCGUGGAGGAGAUCGGCGUCAACAACAACCGCGGCACCAACAUCCUGCACAUAGCCCUGGACCGCAGCAGCCAGCGGAGAACCAGCCCCGAGAGAGAGAUCGCCACCAAGGGGAUCGUACCGCGCGAGCUCAACCAGAGAGACGACGGCGACGACGGCGUAGUGUUGAUCAUCGGCGUCUUCGUCGGGCUGCUCCUCACCGUCCUCAUCGUCAUCGUGGUGGUGCUGCUGCUCCGGUCCAAGCAGGAGAAGAAGAAGAAGAAGGAAGCGCCCAAAGGCUCCAGCAGCACCGAGCCCAUGAUGACGCAGGGCCUCAGCAACACUGACAGCUCAGAGGUCUAACGGGCCGCGGAGCCGACGGGGGGAAAUCGGGAUUUUUAGUUACCGUUUUUGUUUUUGCAAGUGCCUCAUGUCUAGUAAACACUGAAGAGGGGAGUGUGAAGCAGCACAAACUACAAGAGCUUUGGUUCUACUCAGAAAUCUACUUGAAAGACAGCAUCACCUCCAGUGUCGGCGCGACUUCUGGACGCAGAGCGGCGGCGGGGGGGGGGGGGGGGCGACUGACUGCAUCGGUAUCUGUUCAAGGCACUUGUCAAGUUGUCAGCACUCACUUAUCGCUUUGCUUUUCAAUGCCACUCGAUCCAAAAAUGUGUAUUAUUUCCAAAGGUGCUACAGAAGAUGCCUCUUAAACUCGUACGGUCGUCGGUGUCUCACAGAGCAGGUCAAGAGAAGGUCGAGAAUAUCAAAAGGAUUUUUUUUUUUUUUUUGUGUGUGUGUGUGUGUGUUUUUUUUUUUUUUUUUUUUUUUUUUUUUUUUGCGUUCCAUAGUAGUCGUUAUUUCUCUGUGUCCAAACACUGUCCAUAGUUUGCUUACACUGGGAGAACCUUGCUUGUCUGUUCUUGAGGUUAAAUAAUGAUUUGUCCUGAGAUUCAGUACGUGCCUAAGAAAUCACUGGAUUGUUAAGGUUUUUAGGAUACACGUUACGAUUGUCCCGUGUGAUCCGUGAGACGUUACCACAAAGGAGCAAUGUUUUUGACAUUGUUUUGUUGUGCUCAUGGUUACUUUUUUUGUCGCUCUUUUUUGCAUGCUCUUUUAUUUUUGUAUUUUCUGAUUGUGUGAAAUUGUAAAAAAAAAAAAAAAAAUGUCUAAAUGCUGAUUUGAAUGGAAUUGUGACACGUGUGUCUAAUCUACUGUAUUUCCGACAGUUUUACUAUGUAUUUCUACAUUAUAUCCCAGAAGAAACAGUAUUUAUCAGCAGCAGCUAAUUGUUAUUGUUAAAUAGUCCCCCUAACGUUCGGUUGUUGAAACAUGUUCUGAUUUUACGAUCCUGUAAUUGACGCAUAGCACUGAAUCAAGUAAGAGAAGUGGAAAUUUAUAGACCCUGUAGUAUUGAGGUGACUUUUAAAGACAGCUGGUCUGCAAUGUACAGUGUAGUAUAGUAGCGGUUCCAUAUCCACUAUUUACGGCAGCCAUUAUUUUUGCUAUUUACACAGCUGCUCCGCUCCGUUUCUAAGUGUUGACUACUGUAGCUUAUUAGAGGUAGGUGGGAUUCACAGGCCCUCUCACAACAGGCCUAGGUGUUGACUGUGCGGUGUCAUUUUCUUUUUUAAUCCUGUGAAACCAUAUCAUAGGUUUAUCAAAUUUCAGUUAAAGGGAAUUCAUUUCUUUUUUUUUUUUUUUUUUUUAGCCACGAUUAUGGCCUGAUUCAUUCGUUGCGGGAUUAUUUAUUUAUUUUUAAUGCAUCCUUAUUUAGUGCUGACAAAAAAUGCAGAACUUUAGUUUGACUGACUCAUUGAUAUAUCUAUCCAUCUAUAUCUAUAUCUAUCUAUCUAUCUAUAUAUAGAUAGAUAGAUAGAUAGAUAGAUAUAGAUAUAGAUGGAUAGAUAGAUAUGCCAUUUCCACUGAAACAGGAAUCAGAAGAAGCUUCAUAAUCCUAGCUAUGUGACAAACAGUGUUUUUUCAGAUCCAGGCGCUGGAUUGCCAUAAAGUCUGGACUCUCUCUGUGGAUUACCUCAUGCAGUAUCUUAAGAUAGACACUAACUUCCCAGUCACUACUUUAUAAAUGUCAAGUUUAUUUGCAGUUUUAUUUUGAGUAAAAAAAAAAAAAAAAAACUUUCUAUGCAACCUGUGAUAUCAUACAUGUUUACCUUAUUUUUUUUUAGUGCACAGUUUGCUUAAUCUAGAGUUUGACACUGCAUCAAUGUACUGUGGUUCUUUUAUUCCACCUAAACGAUUUGAGUUGAAUGCAUUUAAGGCCCAUUUUUAUGCACAUGUAUGUAUGUAUAUACAUAUGUAUUACUUAUAAAUAUACCAUUUGGAUGUUUUGGGAAUGGUCAUUGUUCAGAAAUGCAUAUGUGCUGUAAGUAUUUGUAACAUAGACCAGAAGCACAAGGUGGUCUGCAAAUAAAUAUUUUUUUUUUUUCCAGAAAAA